AUGCUCGAUAAUCCGCAUCUGCGCAACACGAGCCGGUGCCAUUAUUCGCUGCAGAUUGCCGGCCGCCGGCCUGCUCAUUCGACCGUUCGGUUCGCCGACGCAGGUUACGUCGUCGCGGUUGCGCAGCGUGCAAUUGCCCAUGACGAGGCCCGCCAGUUCGUCACCAGACACUCUGCGGCCGCCGCCAAAAACGCAGUCGAAGGGCGGUCUGUCUAUCAAUCUGUCCUGCAUCCUGCGCGCCCGCUAGCGGCCGGACCAUACUCGCCCAUGCCCACGCUGCGACAGCGAGGCUUGACCGUGCCGUCAUUCACUCUUGGAUCAGACGGACGGCGUCUCGAUGGCCAGGCUAGAAACGCUCGAACGCGGGACGGCCUCGAUGGGCAUCCAAACCGUACUGUGCACCGUUCACAUGCGGCUCGCGAUACCUGUCCUCAAGGACUGUCUGCGCACGCUCGAUUCCUGCGCGGUGGCGAGUGCAACAAGUGCUCACCGGACUGCCGUGGGGGCCAGAGACAACACGAAGGAGCGGAGCUCGGCGCGGCGGCGUUGAGGAAGCCCGUCGCUCGGCAGAUGUUUCCUGCGGGAACAUGA